CGUGCGAUCGAUACGGCACCACGUAUAUACACCACGAGGAUGGCGAUGGUCCGGACGUUGUUCUUCCUCGGCACGGCGCUCCUCGCGCUCGCCAAGGUUGGCGCCGCUCCACCGAAGAGAUAUUACGAUCAACGGCAGAACGGCAAUUUCAACGCGGACGUCAAGCUGGAGAACCUCCUCUUCGUCGCGGUCUUCCCGCUGACCCCGGUUAACUCCGACUUAAUUGAGCCGGCGUUGUCGGCUAUCGAGCACCUCGAUCUCUCGCUAUUCCGCUCGAAGGGACAAGAAUCGAUCAAAGGCGAGGAGACAGUUCAGCAAGACGAUUCACCCGCCUAUGCCGUGGAAGUCGUACAGAUAAAUGAAAAUCGUCCGGACAAGGAGAGCUCGGUGCGAAAAGCGGAAGGGGACGCGGAAACGUCGAGCGUCUCGGAACAGCGGCCGACACCCGUCGGCGACGGGCAGACCCCGGAAAAGGAGGAGGCCGGGAGAGCCGCGAGAAAUGUGAAGAACUUCGACUUCCCGAAGAGCCGCGAGGUGCCGUCCGUUCCGGGAUACUUCGUGAACGUGAGGAAGACGUCCGGGAGGCCCAAGACGGGCGACGGCGGCCGGGCGCGGAACGUGGUCGGGAACGUCUGGAAUCCCGACGACGAGCCGGGACGACCGGGAACGUCGCUGAAGAAGCAGCUGCCUCGAAGGGGCGAGGGGGACGUCGCGCCGCCUGCGUCGAACGUCGACAAGAACGACGUGUCUCCGGCGCUCGCCGAGGAGGAGGAGGAGAAGCAGCAGCAGGAGCUGAGUCUGCUGGGCGACGGCGUCGAGAACUGCGGCCCAGGACGACGUCGCGACGCGUCCGGCGUCUGCGAAUCCGACGGCUCGGCCGACUCCCUUUAGCUCUAAGUUCCCACACAUGGCUGUAGUUCUUAAAAAUUUGACAUUAAAAUAUACUAGUUAUUAUGCGAGAUAUCUCAUGCGAUGUUUUAUUUAGCAUAAAUUUUAUGUCAGAUCUAUUGCAUUUAUAUCGAUAAAAAGAAUAUUUCUUUCGCUUAUUAGUGCAGGAGCAAGACAGAACGGAACGAGUAACGAAUUAUAUUUGAUUAAUUUAAUUUAGCAUUUAAAACGCGCUGAAUGCGAGAUAAUUAUCGUUUUAUAUAAAGUUUUAUACGAACGUAUGAAGAUUUAUACACUGCAUGUAUCUAUUAAGGUACUUAAUCAAUAAAAAUAUUUAAACAACA